AUUUCGCUUUCAUUUUGGGCCAAGCUGGAGGCGGCGGGGCCGUCCCGGAACGGCUGCGGCCGGGCACCCCGGGAGUUAAUCCGAAAGCGCCGCAAGCCCCGCGGGCCGGCCGCACCGCACGUGUCACCGAGAAGCUGAUGUAGAGAGAGACAGAGAAAGAGACAGAAAGCAAGAGACCAGAGUCCCGGGAAAGUCCUGCCGCGCCUCGGGACAAUUAUAAAAAUGUGGCCCCCUGGGUCAGCCUCCCAGCCACCGCCCUCACCUGCCGCGGCCACAGGUCUGCAUCUAGCGGCUCGCCCAGUGUCCCUGCAGUGCCGGCUCAGCAUGUGUCCAGCACGCAGCCUCCUCCUUGUGGCCACCCUGGUCCUCCUGGACCACCUCAGUUUGGCCAGAAACCUCCCCGUGGCCACCCCAGGCCCAGGAAUGUUCCCAUGCCUUCACCACUCCCAAAACCUGCUGAGGGCCGUCAGCAACAUGCUCCAGAAGGCCAGACAAACUCUAGAAUUUUACCCUUGCACUUCUGAAGAGAUUGAUCAUGAAGAUAUCACAAAAGAUAAAACCAGCACAGUGGAGGCCUGUUUACCAUUGGAAUUAACCAAGAAUGAGAGUUGCCUAAAUUCCAGAGAGACCUCUUUCAUAACUAAUGGGAGUUGCCUGGCCUCCAGAAAGACCUCUUUUAUGAUGGCCCUGUGCCUUAGUAGUAUUUAUGAAGACUUGAAGAUGUACCAGGUGGAGUUCAAGACCAUGAAUGCAAAGCUUCUGAUGGAUCCUAAGAGGCAGAUCUUUCUAGAUCAAAACAUGCUGGCAGUUAUUGACGAGCUGAUGCAGGCCCUGAAUUUCAACAGUGAGACUGUGCCACAAAAAUCCUCCCUUGAAGAACCAGAUUUUUAUAAAACUAAAAUCAAGCUCUGCAUACUUCUUCAUGCUUUCAGAAUUCGGGCAGUGACUAUUGAUAGAGUGAUGAGCUAUCUGAAUGCUUCCUAAAAAGUGAGGUCCCUCCAAACCGCUGUCAUUUUUAUAAAAAUUUGAAAUGAAAUUUUGAUAGGAUGUGGAUUAAGAACUAGGGAGGGGGAAAGAAGGAUGGGACUAUUACAUCCACAUGAUACCUCUGAUCAAGUAUUUUUGACAUUUACUGUGGAUAAGUUGUUUUUAAGUUUUCAUGAAUGAAUUGCUAAGAAGGGAAAAUGUCCAUCCUGAAGGUGUUUUUCAUUCACUUUAAUAGAAGGGCAAGAAUUUAUAAGCUAUUUCUGUACCCAAGUGUUUGUAGAAACAAACAUGUAAGCAUAAUUUAUUUUAAAAUAUUUAUUUAUAUAACUUUGUGAUCAUGAAAGCAUCUGAACUAACAUAUUUAUUUAUGUUAUAUUUAUUAAAUUAUUUAUCAAGUGGAUUUGAAAAAUAUUUUUUAAGUGUUAUAAAAAUAAAAUUAUUGAAUUAAAGUGA